ACUUCCGAAUUUCACACACACACACACAUAAUCACAAACAUUCUUACUAUACAUUCUCUCUCAAUUGUCAUCAUCAUAUAUAAACACCAAUGGAACGAUCAUCAUCAAGAAGAGAAUCCAUCUCAGCCGGUGACGAAAGCGAUCAAAGCGAACGGAAAGGAAACAAAGACGUGUCAGAAAUGGAAACAAUCGAACGAAUAUUCGAAUGCAAAGAGGUACCACCAUGGCAAAAACAGCUAACCUUCCGAGCAUUCGUUGUUAGUUUCAUUUUAGGAAUCAUGUUUACAUUCAUCGUGAUGAAACUUAACCUAACGACCGGGAUCAUUCCGUCGCUAAAUGUUUCUGCGGGAUUGUUGGGGUUCUUUUUUGUGAAAACGUGGACAAAGUUUUUGAAUAAAUCUGGGUUGUUGAAACAACCUUUUACAAGACAGGAAAAUACUGUCAUUCAGACUUGUGUCGUUGCUACUUCUGGGAUCGCAUUUUCUGGAGGGUUUGGUAGCUACCUGUUUGGCAUGAGUGAAGUCGUAGCCAAACAAUCAAAUGAAGACAACGCUGCUGAAAAUAUAAAGAAUCCUACACUCGGUUGGUUGAUUGGCUUUCUUUUCGUCGUUAGCUUCCUUGGGCUGUUCUCGGUUGUACCUCUUCGCAAGAUAAUGAUUGUCGACUUCAAACUGAUUUAUCCCAGUGGCACUGCUACCGCUCACCUUAUCAACAGUUUUCAUACUCCCCAAGGAGCCAAGCUAGCAAAGAGACAAGUGAGAACUCUAGGGAAAUUCUUCACCUUCAGCUUUCUAUGGGGAGUAUUUCAGUGGUUCUUUACUGCAGGGGAUGGCUGUGGAUUCUCAAGCUUCCCUUCACUUGGUCUCAAGGCAUAUGAACACAAGUUUUACUUUGAUUUCUCGGCUACUUAUGUGGGUGUCGGCAUGAUCUGCCCAUAUCUCAUCAAUCUAUCAUUGCUGGUUGGAGCGAUUGUUUCGUGGGGUUUAAUGUGGCCACUGAUUGAAAAAAGAAAGGGAGAUUGGUACCCUGCUGAUCUUGGAGAAGGCAGCCUCCAUGGUAUUCAAGGAUACCGGGUGUUUAUAGGGAUAGCGAUGAUCUUAGGAGAUGGCCUCUACAACUUCUUCAAAGUCCUUGGUCACACAUUCUAUGGUUUAUACCGCCAAAUGAAAGACAAAAAAUCAGAAGCCGAUAUACCAGUUAGUCGCAACUCAUUCCCUCAACUAACCACCCUAUCAUACGAUGACCAACGCCGCACCCAAUUGUUCCUCAAAGACCAAAUCCCCAUUUGGAUCGCCCUCGUUGGUUAUCUUGUCAUUGCUGGAAUCUCCAUCAUCACACUCCCACACAUCUUCCACCAACUCAAACGCUACCACAUCACAGUUAUAUAUCUCCUAGCCCCAACACUCGCCUUUUGUAAUGCAUACGGAUGUGGCCUAACUGACUGGUCCCUAGCCUCUACCUACGGAAAGUUAGCUAUCUUCAUAGUCGGUGCAUGGGCUGGCGGAGAACAUGGUGGUGUUCUUGCAGGACUAGCCGCAUGUGGUGUCAUGAUGAACAUAGUCUCAACUGCUUCUGAUUUGAUGCAAGACUUCAAAACUGGAUACAUGACAUUGGCUUCGCCACGUUCAAUGUUCGUUAGCCAAAUGAUUGGGACCGCAAUGGGGUGUGUCAUCUCACCAUGUGUGUUUUGGCUCUUUUACAACGCAUUUAACAACCUUGGUACGCCUGAUUCGACAUAUCCUGCACCAUACGCUCUCAUUUAUCGCAACAUGGCUAUUUUAGGAGUUGAAGGGUUUGCGGCAUUUCCUAAACAUUGUCUUGCUCUAUGCUACGGGUUCUUUGGGGCAGCUAUUGUUAUAAAUGGGCUCCGGGAUUUGGUUGGAAAGGAGAAAGCUAAGUAUAUUCCUAUUCCCAUGGCAAUGGCUAUUCCAUUUUAUAUUGGGGGUUACUUUGCGAUUGAUAUGUGUGUUGGGAGUUUGAUUCUAUUUGUCUGGUCCAAGGUGGAUAAAGCGAAGGCUGCAGCGUUUGGACCAGCAGUUGCUUCGGGUUUGAUUUGUGGAGAUGGGAUAUGGACUUUGCCGAGUUCAAUACUUGCUUUGCUUGGUGUUAGGCCUCCGAUUUGCAUGAAGUUUCUUUCAAGAGCAGCUAAUGUCAAAGUUGAUGAGUUCUUAAGUUCUUAAAAUAUGGUUUAAUUAGUUUGUGUUUUUGGUUUGGCAAGUUUUUAGUGUUUUUUAUUUGCAUCCAGUUAGGAAAUAUGUAAAGAAAGAUCGCUGCUAAAUUAGUUGGUAUUAUCAG